GACGUCGAGAACCUCAAGGCUCACACGGUCUACUCUGGGGGAUAUACCUCCCUCGACAGCACUUGCCGGAGGUUCUGGAAGGUCGUGGCGCAGUUCUCGAGCAAGGAAAAGUCAGCUCUCCUCAAGUUCGUCACCUCCUGCCCGCGCCCUCCCCUCCUUGGCUUUGCCUCCCUCCAGCCUCCCUUCACCAUCCAUCGCGUUCACUCCGACAAGGGCUUCUGGGACUACAUGACGGGCAAGUCGGAGGAUCGCCUUCCGACCUCUAGCACCUGCAUGAACCUCCUGAAGCUCCCUCUUUACCCGAGCUCCUCCAACCUCCGCGACAAGCUCCUCUAUGCCAUCACGGCUAACGCC